AUGGACUUCUCCAAGAUCCAAGAUCAGGUCAGCAACCUGACCUUGUAUGACCUCAAGGCCGGUGUUCGCAAGAUGCAAAAUGCUGUCAUGAACUAUACCGAGAUGGAGGCCAAGGUCCGGGAAGCUACAAACAAUGAACCCUGGGGUGCCUCGACCACGUUGAUGCAGGAUAUCGCCAAUGGAACACACAGCUACCAAUUACUCAAUGAGAUCAUGCCUCUGAUCUACAAGCGGUUCACCGACAAGGCCGCGGAGGAGUGGCGACAGAUCUACAAGAGUCUGCAGCUUCUCGAAUUCCUCGUCAAGAACGGAUCGGAGCGGGUGGUCGACGACGCAAGGUCUCACUUGUCGCUGUUGCGGAUGCUCCGGCAGUUCCACUUCAUUGACCAGAACGGCAAGGAUCAGGGUAUCAACGUCCGUAACCGAUCUUCGGAGUUGGUGAAGUUGUUGGGUGAUGUGGACCAGAUUCGCACCGAGCGCAAAAAAGCCAGGUCCAACCGAAACAAGUUCGGUGGAUUCGAGGGUGGCAUGGGUGUUGGAGGAAUGUCUUCUAGCUCCGGCCGCUAUGGUGGCUUCGGAAGCGACAGCAUGGGAUAUGGUGGAUACAGUGGAGGCGUGUAUGGCGACGGCGGAGGCUUUGGCGGUUCUACCGGUGGUGGUGAUUUCCAGGACAGCAGCAGCAGCGGCCGCCGGGGCAACCGCUUUGAUGAAUACGACGAGUACGAUGAGGGAGAAGUCAGCGCACCACGGCGUGAGCCUGUGUCUGCCGCGAAGAGGGAAACCAAGAAGCCAGAGCCUGCACCUGUGCCAGACCUCUUCGAUUUUGGUGACGAUGAACCUACAACUACCACCACUUCUACCGCUGCCGGUAAGCAGCCCGCCGGCAGCGCAUUGAACAUGCUGGAGUCGACCCCGGCCGACGACGACGACUUCGACGACUUCCAGUCCGCCACACCGGCGCCCUCCGCGCCAGCCCCGAACCAAUUUGGCAUUGCGCCUCCCGUUUCCACAGCCAGUACAACCUCCAAUACCCAGUUCGUGGCUCCUGUACCCGUGUCGGCCUCACAGGGCAACAACAUCAACGGCAUUGUCGGCUUCACAUCAGCGACCCCGACCCCGUCCACUAGCUCAAUGACUUCGCCCGUGUUGCAGAACGCCCCUAUCCAGCACAUGCAGCAACCCAUGGCCUCGAAGCCCUCAGGCUACCAAGCCGCAACGCCAAACUACUUCACAUCGGUGAACACCAACCCUGCGUCCUUCUCCUCGCACGGCGCCAAAUCCUCCGUCUCCUCCAUGGCCUCUCCCGCUACCGCGAACAAGCCCGCCGCCAGCACAGCAGCCAAGAAACCUUCCGGCGAUGCCUUCGGCUCCCUCUGGUCCUCUGCUAGCGCUAGCGCCGGCAUCCAAAAGUCCAACAGCAACGCAAACAAAGGCCCCAACCUCGCCAGCAUGGCCAAGGAGAAGGCUAGUGCCGGUAUUUGGGGUGCUCCUGCUUCAUCCGGCGGCGCCUCAGCACCGUCCCAGCCUCAGCAGAAGCAGAGCGGCUCAGCAUUCGACGACCUUCUCGGUUGA